UUGGAAGACCCGUUGUUUUGAUUGGUCACGGUGUGAUGUUCGCAAGCUCCCGCCUCCAGUCAAAGGCUCCAAGCUGGAGUAGCUAAUUAACCAAUCGAACGCUCGAACGUACGUACCUCACCAGCAACCAGUCACCACCAUGCCCACGUACCUCCUCCUCCUCUUCUUCCUCGCUUUGUGGUUGUGGCCACCGGCGGCGAGCGUUGCCGCCGCCUCCGCCACGGUGAGCCCGCUGCAGACACUCCCCGACGAGGCCGCCGACACGUUCACGGCAAACAGCAGCUACGGGUCCAACCUUGGAGCUCUCGGAGCGACCCUCGCCGCGGGCGCCCGCGCGUCGGGCUUCGCAAAGGGCAGCUACGGCGAGGCGCCUGACAAGGUGUACGGCUUCGUGCUCUGCCGGGGUGACUACACCGGCGCCAACUGCGCCGACGGCCUCAGAGCCGCCUUCCAGGGCGUGCCCGAGCGCGUCUUCUUCCGGAAGGCCGCCGUCGUCUACUACGACCAGUACAUGCUCCGGUUCACCGACGACGAGCGGUCCUUCUCCAACAUCAGCAACGAGCCGGAAUGGUCGGCGAACAAUAUGAACUCCGUCAGGGGCUCCGAGGCAGCGGAGCGGUUGAUGGGGAAGGUAGUGAAGCUGAUGAACACCAUGGCCGACCUUGCCACCUCCGGCAGCCCCAGGCUGACUAACCGGUCCCGGUACGCGACCGGCGAGGACGGGUUCGGUGAGCAGGGCGUGAGCACCGUGUACGGCCUGGUGCAGUGCAGGCCGGACCUCACCGGGCCACAGUGCAGGAGCUGCCUUGAUGGCAUUAUCAAGCAGUUGCCGACGCUGUUUAUGAGCAAUAAUAUGAGCAACCAAGAGGCCUCCUUAAGCCGCGUCGGGGGCAGGAUUUUGGGGGUUCGGUGUAAUCUGCGAUAUGAGAAGGACUUAUUCUUCGAGGAGACAAGUGACACUAUCAAGAUCGACAUGCCUAAAAAUGGGAAGAGCGCGGUGUUUAUGAUUGUCAUAGUUGGAGUUCCUCUCCUAGUUUUGCUCAUCCUCGGCUUACUGCUAAGGCCAUACAUCGUGAAGAAAGUCAGAGAAUCGUUAUUGCAGAGGGAAUUAGUCACCCUGAAAAAGGAAAUUGUAAAUGAAAGCGACUCAAGGUUUUCGUUGUUCAGAUUUUCGAAAAUAAGAAGUGCUACUAAUAACUUCUCGGAUAAAAAUAAACUUGGAGAAGGUGGAUUUGGCAUUGUUUACAAGGGCCAGUUGUGUCACGAUCAGGACAUAGCAGUCAAACGGCUUUCUCCAAAUUCAGUGCAGGGGUUCCGCGAGUUCAUGAAUGAAAUCAAACUCAUAGCCAGCCUACAACAUAAGAAUCUGGUCAGGCUUCUUGGAUGCUGCAUCAAAAGCAAAGAGAGGAUACUUGUGUAUGAAUAUAUGCCAAACGGUAACUUGGAAGAGUUCAUUUUUGGGGUAGGAGCAAAGAAGAGUUGGCCUGUACGUCACGGCAUAAUUGAAGGGAUAGUAGAAGGCCUUCUCUAUCUGCAUGACUAUGCGCAUGAAUGCAUAGUUCACAGAGACAUGAAACCAAGCAACAUCCUAUUAGAUCAUGAAAUGAACCCAAAAAUAUCUGACUUUGGGAUUGCAAGGAUAUGCCUCUCCAGCGUGACAGAAUCAAAUACGACAACGGCUAUGGGAACAUUUGGAUACAUCGCACCGGAGUACUACUCCCAGAAUGUCUACUCAACAAGGUCAGACGUUUUCAGCUUCGGCAUCCUAGUUCUCGAGAUCAUAAGUGGGAAGAGCGCCGUCGGUUCCUACCAAUUAUCCGGAAGAUCAUACGAGCUCAGGAAAUAUGCAUGGCAGCUGUGGAGAGAGCAGAGGUGCGACGAGCUGGUGGAUGAUUCGCUUGGCGAGGAGUACCCGGAGAUGGACGUUAUGAGGUGCAUCCAGAUCGCGCUUCUAUGCGUCCAGGAUAGCGCCGAGGACAGGCCUACCAUGCGCGACGUGACGAUGAUGUUGAGCAACGGAAAUAAGAGGCUGCUCCUACCUGUGCAGCCCGGUUCUUGCAGCGUACACAUCGAUGUCGGUACUGAAAUAGAGUUGUGAGCCUGAACCAAACAAGGACUUGUUUGUGUGGACAUUGGGGAUGUUUGUAAUCUGUUGUAGAAAAGCAAUGUGAAGAUGAUACAUAAACUGUUUUGAUGAUCCCAUCAGUAGUACAAAGAAACUAUUCCCGUUAUUAGGGCAUGUACAAUGAUUGAUAAGAUAGUCUUAUCUUAAAUCUUGCAUUUAAUUUAGAGAUGACAAAAAGAAGUGUCUACAAUAAGUCAU